GGCUUUUAAUAUUAUUGUUGCUAUACUUUGUUUCAUUUACCAUGUUUUUUCACUAUCUGAUGGCGAGUCCGAGGUGUGUUUUAGACGAUGUCUUGGAUUUUACUCUCCAUAUAGAUGUGGUAUUAUUUCCCAAUGGAAUAUAUGGAAUGUAGACCAAAUAAUUGAUGGGUGUUAUAGAGUAUAUACAUCUUGGCACUUCAACCAUUGACUUAAACUUAUAGUUGCGUUGUUCCUUGACAUGGUGUCAAAAGCCCAUGUUAUGGGUUCGAAUCUCACUCAGAGGUCCUUUCAAGUGUAAAUAUUCGCUUCAUGUAUAAGGGAGGGUUGUGCUCAUUCACACCUCGUGUGAAGAAGGGCGUGAUAGAGUAUAUAAUAUACCAUAUCAAAGAAGGAACUCACCAAAAAUCUUAAGUUGAUGGAUGAUAUAUGUUAUAUAAUCUAUCAAGAUAAACAUUGCAAAGCUCUGUACUUUAUCGGCCCUUUUGGUACACGGUGUGAUAAUCAACACAAUGUUGAGGGUGGGUUGUAAAUUACUGAUGUUGAAGCUCCAUAACUGUAGACUAUUUAACAGUGCAACUACAUAAAUUUUAGUCUAAGGCAUAAGUUUGUAUUUUCUUAUAUUGGAAGGGAGUGUUUUAGCUCAACAUUUGAUUGUCAAGAUGAUGGAAGCAGAGAUAUCCUUCACAGAGGUUGACCUGAAACAAGAGAAAUUUGAAGAUGUACAAGAGGAAGUUAAAAAAUUUGGCUGUGAUCUCUGUGAUAAGGAAAUGGUUCAUAAUAUGGCACUAGUUUUACUUGAAGGUUUAUCGACUGUGUGUGUUGACAACACGACGGGGGAUAUGUUCAAGAGUCCUGGCACGGUUGCUGCUGAAUUAAGGAAGGAAAUGUUGGACUAUCUUAUAGAAAGAAGUGAAUCUUUUGUUGCUGAAGCGUUUCUCUCUGAAGAUGGUCCUGAGGGGGAAAAAUCUGACCAGCCAUCUGAUAUAAUAUCUGAUUUUAUUGAAGAUUUUGCUGGUCUUAAGAGGAAUUUACUGAGUCGGGUUUCUGGGUGGCUGCUUAGUGACAUGAGAGAGGAAAAAAUUGAGGAUUUCGUGCAAGAAAUGGAGUUGAAUAGCUUCUGGUUGUUGGAUAAGAGGGAAGCUAUUGCACAAACUCUUCUUAAAAAUGUCGAUUUCAAGAAUACAUUUCAUUGCAAUAUGAAGUUUAAGUUUGAAGACGAACUCAAACAACAUCGUCCACGUUGUGGUUUCAGGACUAUGUUGUGUGAAAAUGAGGGAUGCUGUGUUACCUUCAGUGCAGCUCAAAUGGAACAUCAUGACUCUAUUUGUCCCUUUAAGAUACUUCCUUGUGAGCAGAACUGCCCGGAAAUCCUAAUGAGACGGGAAAUGGACAGGCAUUGCAUUACUGUCUGUCCAAUGAAGCUCGUAAACUGCCCUUUCUAUUCUAUUGGCUGUCAAGCUAGGGUUCCUAGUUGUAACAUCAAAGAACACUGUUUGGCUGGUGUCCGUUCUCACUUGCUGUAUGCUCUUCAAUAUCAUCACAAAGAGGCGUCAGCUGAGGAUUUGAAACCUCGAGCUGAUCAGAUAGAACAGGAAUAUUUUGACCGGCUGGCAGGAAUGCAAGGUGUGAGGUCUUUCACAAACACAGUCAAGGAUCUAGACUCAAAGCUUGGCCCGUUUGAGGUUGUCGCGAAGGAUUCGGGUAAUGCAAAAGAAUCAAAAGAUUCAAAUUCUGAAGAACCUCCACUGAAAGACACAAAUCAAUUGUAUUCUGAACAAUCUCCAACUGAAACCACAACUGAACUUGAACAUCCUCUGACAGAGGAAACAAAAUCUGAACUUGAAAGGCCUGCAGAAUACACAAACAAUUUAGAUUCUACGUGCUUGCAGCAGAAGACAGAAAACACAGAUAGAAGUCAGCCCGCAGCGAUAGACUCAAAGGAAUCUGAUUCCAAACACCGUUUGUCUGAAGAUCAGAACAAUUCAGACUCUGAAGUAUCGCUCGAAGAAGAUUUCAAAAAAGUAGAUCUUUGAUAUCUAUUAGCCGUUGAUGGUGCAUGCUACAAGUUGACAGAAACGACUUAACUUUCCGAAUAUCUCCUGGACAUAAUAUCUUUUUCUACCUCCUAUACUGAUUGCUCAUAGCUCUUCCGACUUGACGCCUCCUUGACGGGCUUCAGGUUGAGUUUAAGUUUUGUAUCUUACCCAUUCGUUGUUGAUACUUGUAACAAUAAACUCGUACCAAUGUAGGGCCUCUUAUCUUCUUGCUAUUGUUUUGCGGUUCGUUUUUUUCCCGAGUAUCUCGAUGUAGACUAAUGUAUAAAACAUCUCCGAAUUUUGUUGUAAAAUCCAAUCCCUUGGAAUCUAAAGUUCAUUUACAGUGCUCAUGCUUAUGGAGCCAAAA